AUGGAAAAGAUAUCUAAUUACUUUCAUAAAGCAAAGACAGCCACAGACGCCGAUCGAUGUGCACGCUACCUUCAUAAAGUGAGCAAGCUUCUCACAAACUAUGAGCAUCCAGCCACUGCUCUGAUAAGCUUAGACUUCUGUGCAUAUAUGGCCAGAUACUUGACAGAUAGAAUGGGCGACCGAACAGUUAAGGCGUUGAUUAUUAAUAUCUUGCGAAUGGGAUUCGAUUCAGCUGUAAUCAUAGGCCCGAUGCCACCACAAGUCCACAAUAGUCUCGUAGUGCUGAGAGCCUCGUGUGUAGCGGAAAACAUAAUAGACGGGAUUUUACUGUUCCUUUUGGACAUGGUCCAACAGCUCAAAGAGAACAAUGAUAGCCUCAUUCUUUUAGACCAGCAAUUCGAGGAAUUGCGUAGUCGGCCUGUUUUGCAAAGUGACCUAAAUCCUCAGAUUGCCAUGGACAACAGUGAACCACAGGAGGAUGCCCAAUUAGAACAAUCUGUCGCAGAUGCUGCGAUCCGGUCCACUGAACUAUCUGACAUAUCUAUCAUUAUAGACCAAGGAACUCAGCAGCUUGGGCGCACAGACCUAGGAGACGCUAUUGCCUCGGACUCUGCUUCUCCAUCCUUAUUUGAGAGCCCGUCCCCCCAAUCUGAGCACCUUGGAUUAACAGACUUAGCUAGCUUGCAGCAUAAGAAGUACACUGAAGACCGGUACAGCUUAUUAAAGGAAAGAGCAGCCUUGCUUGACGACGUCAUUUCCUUGCUCUUCUUCUUGGAGAAUCUUUUGGCAAUCCGUGUGCAGCCAUUGGUAGGUGCUUCCUUGCAGAAAGGAGCAUCACAUAAGGGGGACUCGUCCAGAUCAUUGUUCAAUAACUUCAGAGGCCAUGAGGAUGACAUGUUUAAAACCUUGCUUACUCUCUGCAUCGCUGGAAAUCUGCCACAGCUGCUAGUCAUUCUUACUAAUUUGGUUUCCACAGACGUUAUGGCCGGGCUUGCUGCUCCUCUUCUCAGACUUCUUACCGUUUUGCUUCACACUCAAUCUCUAUAUAGUAUCAGUAAAGACACGACCCAACCGUUGGCAUUCAGACGUAUAGAACCCCCUGCUGCAGUGAAAGUUCCCAGGGUCAAGCUAAACAUAGUUGGCACCCUUCCGGGGCCCUCUUUAAAUCAAGAGAGAACCCCUUUUAAUAAUAGACCCUCAGUAGAUGGAUCAGUAUCCUUGCAACCUCCGAUAAUGGCACCUUCUACUGAUACGCACAUAAGAAUGAGCCGUUAUGCGUCCGUAUCUGCCCUUCCAUCAUCUCCAUCCAUCAUAGUACCCGGUCAAUUGUCACACAUAGGCGCAACAGACAUGGCACUUGGGGAUUACUAUCUAUUAUGCAGGAAAAAUACUCCCAGAAGACCCUUGGGGAACACGUUUACACGACUAAAGGCUGUAGCAAGUUCGGGAGAUGUGAUUCCAGGCUUGUCUGAUGAUAAUAGCAUCAUCAGCGAUAUAGAUAGCAUCACGUCAUCAGACGAUGCUGAAAAAGGUUCAGCUAGAAGAGGACGCUCAACUGCACUUACGUCUGCAAAAACUAUUCCGGUGCAUAAGAUACCAGUGACAUGGCCUUAUCUAUCACAACCCUCUGUAUUCACACCCUUCCAUGGAGAGAUUCUCAUGGCCAUAUGCAGAGAUGGCCACUUGCUUACAUUCGUUACAUACUGUAUGGACCAUAUUUCUUCCAUCUGCCAAGUAGGUUUAGGGAUGCAGCAAGGCUUCUCUAGACAACUACUGUACACCAAGCAGCAUAGUGUAGAGACAGAUCAUCAGUUCAACAAUGCAAUGUUCUGUUGCGUGUUUGUCCUCGCUGCCCAAUCUGCUGCCUACAUAAUAUUUAGCACCCUGAACCUUUCAGACACUGAGAAGAUGCACCUCUUGCGAGAUGACAAAGUAUUUAAGUAUGUGGACUCGUCCAUUCGUGUACUAAACUCAGUAUUUGGCGGAUUGCAGCGGCAUUCCACUGCACUGUCGGGGUUCAAUGACCAUACCAACUGGUAUGUGCGGGACACGGGGCUGUCGUGCUUCUAUUGGAUUACUGAACUUGUAUACCAUCUUGGAACUGCACCGGUAUCCUCCCUUGGCAAGCGACUAGCUCUUCUGUCUGCAGAAAAGAAUAAUGCGACAGUGAUGAGCACCCUUCCUUUCCAAGCCCAAAAGUUGGCUACCGAUGCCCUAGCCAAACGGUUGCGGAGUGAAAAUGAUCAACUAUAUAAGAUCAUGCCUGUGCUGCAGAGUGUCAGCCGGCCAUUGCGUAUGAGUAUUAGCUGUUUGCACACGCUGUCCCACAUGCUAGAGACAUGGGUGCCCCAAAAAGGUGCCGAGCUGCGCUGUCUCUGUUCUUAUGCUCAACUCCUGGCUACAGAAGAUCGUUUUCAUAGUAUGCUAGAAGCACUCUCUCUAACCGCUGAGCAGACGUUCUCAGUAGCAGCUGGAUUUGCUACUAAGAGCGUCACUGGAAGGGUUCUCACCCUUGAUGGGUCCACCGACGAUACAGAUGGCGGUGAACCAGUGGCACAGUUUGAUCUAAAUGCUAUAGGAGACGUAGAUAGCACUGAAACAGAAGUAUGCACUCUUGGAAUGUUUAUGGCGCGACAAAUUUCCAGCUCUGCAUUUAUCAAUGGGCUGUUGAUCUUCACCGACAGCAUGCUUGAAAAGUCUUUGUUUGGCGAGGGCCAGGAAGAAGUCUAUUCGCUCAUUUUCAGAAUGCUCGAGUUAUUUACGCGGGCUGGCAUGAAAGAUAGCGGUCACACAUCUGCAGUAUUUGGCAAUUUGGAGUCUAUCCUGGUGCUAGUGACAUUUCUGGACAAGCCUUCCAGCAUACCAUCUCAUCAGAAACUCAAAGAGCUGGCCGGCCAGAUCUUGAAUAUUGUUUGUGAGCCAGCUUAUCUUACCGAAGAGAGCAUUACUAACCUGUUCAAACGAUCCAAGAUUCCAGCCCACAGGAGCCUAUUCUUUAAGUAUGAAGCAGAGAAGUUGGACAACAUUUUGAUUAAUCAACACGCUACUGGCUCUACGUACGAUCUUAGAGCCCGGCAUGCUGGAGCUACAUACAGAAAAGAUCUGAAUGCCCUUGUCAUUAACAAGGAUCUUAUUACAGAUGCUGCUCUUGAGGAGAUAAUAGGAGACAUCUCUGCUGCCAGCCUGGACUAUGCAGAAGCUCAGCAAUGUCAUCGAUCGUCUUCUGUCAGAGUUAAUCCCUCUGUACCUCAAGUACCCGUAUUAAGCGUCCAUGAGAGCGAGAACGACAAUCUUAGUUUUGGAAGUGGCGCACUGCACAAUUCAACUGAAGAAGUACAGUCAGAUAAAGACUACAACCAAUGUGAUCUUCUUUGUGACAAUGGGUUUACUCCUGAUAUCAAUCGAUUAAUAGUGGAUCGUACUGAGAAAGAAAUGAAGAGGGGAAUCGCUCUAGAGGAUGUGAUGGGUGCUUUGAUGAUAGAUCUGGGGUGUAGCUUUACUGUCGCCCAAUUAAUUGAGCAGUGGAAACUGCUGUCUUUCAAGACCGGGCAUUUCUCUAAGGAAGAGGACAAUGUGAUCAUUCAGUACUCAAAGAAAAAAGGCGGGCUAGGUAGCGCACAGAUAACUGAGUUGGCAACGAUAUUGCACCGCAAACCGCAGACUGUAAGAAAGCGUAUUUUAAAGCUCCAAGCAAACAGAGAGACUAGAAGACGUGUUAAACUUUGA